CCCACACUGUAAUCAGCCUGCCGAAGGUUAUUUGUCAGUCCCAGACUACAGGCCUCAAUACAGGGGCAAGGAGAGAAGGGAGUAGUAUUCACAUACAGGAGCUGGGCUGCAAGGUCCAAGGAAAGCUCGGGAGAGGCGGCAACCAGCAGAGAUUCAGGUUAACAACAACAAGCCUGAAACCCACUAAAUGGAUUCUGAGCAAAAUGCUACUGAACCACCAUAUGACCCCAUCUGUCGCACCAGGCAGGCUCCUUACGCAUAUGAAAUCCUGCAAAAUCUUGAUACGACUGGGAUAUUGCUCUUUGCUAUGUUAACAUUUAUGACUCUAAUAUCACUGUUGGUGUUUUUGGAAGAAGCUUACUAUAUGUACAGAAAAUUACCAAGCAUCAAAAGUUCUUUAAUCAUUUGGAUAAAUUCGGGAGCCAUGAUGAUUGCAACAACAUCCUGCUUUGGAAUGUGGAUUCCACGUAGCACCAUGUUUACUGACUUCACUGCUUCUGUGUUCCUUGCAAUUCUAGUACACAAGUUUCAGCUCAUGCUGGUAAAUGAAUGUGGGGGAAGAAGAGAAUUUAUUAGGAAAUUUCGUGAUAGGAAGCUUCAGAUUAGCACUGGUCCCUUCUGCUGCUGUUGCCUGUGCCUGCCACACACAGCUAUCAACAGAAAGACUUUAUUCAUCCUGAAGCUGGGUACAUUUCAGUUUGCCUUCCUACGGCCGGUGCUUAUGUUUCUGGCUGUGGUUCUUUGGACAAAUGGAACUUAUAUGAUUGGUAAUUCAUCUCUGGAUAGCGCUACAAUGUGGAUUAAUGUCGCAAUUGCUAUUAUGACAAUAACAGCUCUUUGGGCAGUUGGAGUUAUGUUUAAUUUAGUAAAGAACACCUUGAAUGACAAAAAUAUUGUUCCCAAAUUUGCAGUCUAUCAGUUUACAGUCAUUCUGAGCCAACUGCAAACCGCAGUCAUCAAUGUUCUUGGUACAAUAGGUAUAAUCGGUUGUGAACCUCCUCUCCCUGGUCCAUCAAGGGCUUCAUACAUGAACCAGCAGCUUCUCAUUAUGGAAAUGUUCCUGGUCACAGUCAUCUGCCGAGUGCUGUACCGGAGGAGAUAUGAUGAUAAAAAUCUUUUGGAAAACCAAGAGACCAAUGAUAAUUGCAAAGCUUUGGAAGAUGGACCCCAAGAUCUUGAUAUAACUGGGAUAUUGCUCUUUGCUAUUUUAACAUUUAUGACUCUGGUAUCACUGUUGGUGUUCUUGGAAGAAGCUUACUAUAUGUACAGAAAAAUUCCAAACCCCAAAAAUUCCAUAAUCAUUUGGAUAAAUGCAGGAGCCAUGAUGAUUGCAACAACAUCCUGCUUUGGAAUGUGGAUUCCACGUAGCACCAUGUUUACUGACUUCACUGCUUCUGUGUUCCUUGCAGUGUUAAUACACAAGUUUCAGCUCAUGCUGGUAAAUGAAUGUGGGGGAAGAAGAGAAUUUCUCUCAACAUUUGGUGAUACGAAGCUGAAGAUUAGCACUGGCCCCUUCUGCUGCUGUUGCCUGUGCCUGCCACACAAAGACAUCAACAGAAAGACUUUAUUCAUCCUGAAGCUGGGUACAUUUCAGUUUGCCUUCCUACGGCCGGUGCUUAUGUUUCUGGCUGUGGUUCUUUGGACAAAUGGAACUUAUAUGAUUGGUAAUUCAUCUGCAGAAAAAGCUACUAUCUGGAUUAAUAUUGGAGUUGGUAUUACCACAAUAACAGCCCUUUGGGCAGUGGGAAUUAUGUUUAAUCUAGUAAAGGACAACUUAAAGGAGAAAAAUAUCAUUGGCAAAUUUGCAGUCUAUCAGUUUACAGUCAUUUUGAGCCAACUGCAAACCUCAAUCAUUAAUAUUCUUGGUACAACCGGUGUCAUCUCUUGUGUUCCUCCUCUCCCGGGGCCAUCACGGGCUUCCUACAUGAACCAGCAGCUUCUCAUUAUGGAAAUGUUCCUGGUCACAGUCAUCUGCCGAGUGCUGUACCGGAGGAGAUAUGAUGAUAAAAAUCUUUUGGAAAACCAAGAGACCAAUGAUAAUUUACGAAACAGCAUGAUGCAUCUGAAUGGCAAAGCUUUGGAAGAUGGACCCCAAAGUGUUUAAAGGGCACCAAGACACAUUAUAAUCUCAGUGUACCAACUGCAAGGUGUAGUGGCAUCUCCAGAAAUGCUACCCCUGGUCUGACAAAAUGUGCAGUGAAAUUGUGACCUUGUGCCUCUGCCAAUGCCCAACCAGAAUGUACAGUGCAGCUGCUGGACAUUCUAAUGCUAAACUGCCGAGUAGUCACAGUAGUGAAGUGAUAACUUCAAGCACAGUGACCUCCAGGAGCAGUGGCAACCAUACUGGCGCACUAAGGGGGUGGGCUGCCGCUCUACUUUGUACAUAUGUAGCUGGGUAACAACAACAAACACUGCAUUGAACUUGGACAUUUCACUUUUUUUGGGUGGGGGCUAUAGAGUUAUCAUAUAUAUCUUGUAUGUAUACAAUUUGAGCAUACUUGUUAAGUAUUUGGAGAAACCUUAUGAGUUCUUGAUAAAUGAUAAUGUAUUUAUAUUGCUAAUAAAUGUUAUUGUAUGGGAGUGAGUAUGCCUAUGCCAUAAUACUGUUCGCCUGGGUUUCAAUCCAUCUAUUUACUUCCAAACACACGUGCUUCUGAGCGGAGGCCUCCUGUCUGCUUUGGACUCCCUUUGUCUUCCACCUCAGCAAAGGGGCAGUUAAACAUCAUUGUCACAGACAGAUGCAGAACAGAAUGGCAAAUAAUUAAACAUUCACAGCAACCAAUUGUAUAGUUGCUUAGAAAGCACCUUGUUUUUAGUUGCUCAAACAGCUUCAGAUUAUACGAGUGUAAAUUAUGUUUUUAGACUCGCUGUGCUUGCUGUGCUUGCUAUGAUGCCACAGUGAAAUAACUAUGUAUUAUGGGAAACCCUACUGUUACUUACAGAGCCAAAGAUUCCAGAAUAAUUAAGCCAUACUACCAACUGGAUUAAGAAUGAUGGUUCAGUUAGAGGAGCUGUCAAAAUAAUCAUAGUUGUUAUGUAUGCCGAGCACAUUAAUGGCAAUAUCUGCAGCUCGCUGACUUUUUAUUGUGGUGUUAUUACUGUUUGAGUGCUCCUGUCAUGCCUAAAUAAAUGCUGUGAUUCUACAGGAAAUCAUAUAAAACCAAUAAACCUAAUAUGUAA